AUAUGUAUGUGUAGCAUAAACAGUGUGAACGACAGAUGUUAUUGAACACAAUUGACUGAAAUGUCAAACCGCGCUUCUAAAAACUUGAAAAAAUGUGAAAAUUUUGAAAAUUGACUGAAUUUUUUUUCCGAAGAAUCGAGUUCAACCAACGACAUUCAAGUAUAAAAGACAUUUUAAAAAUGUCCGAUUCCGAAAAAACGACCGUUUUUUCACCAAACGUUCAAAUUAAAAUCAAUAAAUGGAAAGUGCGCGAAGGUUUUCAGGUUAAUAACAAUCAAUUAAUAUUGUUGUAUGAAUUGACAAGCGGCAACGAUACCGAAAUAAGGCGCCUAAAAUCGACCAAAUGUGGCGUUGUAAAAAAGCGUUUCUACAAAGAGGGUGAUAUUGUCGAGGCCGAAAAGCCUCUGCUAGAGCUGAGCGACUGUAUUCAUGCAACCGUGAUCAAAGAUAUGUGCGCUGAUUGUGGCGCUGAUCUACGUCAAGAUGAUAACAAUGCACAAACAGAAGCAUCCGUUCCGAUGGUGCAUUCAGUUCCUGAACUCAAAGUAUCACAUGAAUUAGCUCAAGAGCUGGGAAAAGCCGAUACAGUUCGCUUAUUGCAAGACAGAAAGCUGGUGCUGUUGGUUGACUUGGAUCAAACGGUUAUUCACACAACAAACGAUAACGUUCCAAACAAUCUCAAAGGUGUCUAUCACUUUCAAUUGUAUGGACCAAACUCACCGUGGUAUCACACACGAUUGCGACCGGGCACCUUUCAAUUUCUCGAGAAUAUUGCAUCAUACUUUGAACUACACAUUUGUACGUUUGGUGCAAGAAAUUAUGCUCAUACGAUUGCACAAUUUUUAGAUGAAGACGGAAAGUAUUUCUCACAUCGUAUUUUAUCAAGGGACGAAUGUCUCAGCGUCACAUAUAAAACCGAUAAUUUAAGAGCUCUGUUUCCGUGUGGCGAUUCGAUGGUUUGCAUUAUUGAUGACCGUGAAGAUGUCUGGAAUAUGGCAACGAAUUUGAUUCAAGUCAAGCCUUAUCACUUUUUCCAGCAUACGGGCGAUAUCAAUGCACCGCCUGGUAUGUCAAAACAUGAACUUGAUGGAAAAGGUGUUGAUUUUGGAGACUUCAAUAAAAACAAAGCAUUCAAUACUCAAAAGAGAAAUGAAUCAUCCGAAGUGCCGUCAUCUUCUACUGAAUCGGUAGCGGGCUGUUUCGAUGGAGCUGAUCAACCAAAAGAGAGUUGUAAAUCUGCCGAUUCAACAACAGAAGAAAACGUCGAAAAGGUCGAAAAGGUCGACAUAGACAAAGAGGAACCUCCAGCCGAAAAGUCUAAUGAUGAAGCUACCUGUGGUAGUUCAGAAGACAAAGACAAAGACAAAGAAGAAGACAAAGAUGAAGACAAACCCGAACCAGAACCUAGUGAAAUCGAAGACCAAAAAUUGGAUUCAGAUAGCACAAGUAAAUUAAGCACACACGAAGAAAAUAGCGGUGGUGAUGAUAUACUGAUCGAUGUCGAAGAUCCGGACGACUAUCUACUUUAUCUUGAGUCCAUUCUAAUUAAAAUUCAUUCGAGGUUCUAUACGCAUUAUGAUGAAACCAAACAGAUACCUGAUCUGAAAACUCUGCUGCCGAAGAUCCGUAGUGAAGUGUUGAUGGGUAAAACGUUGGUAUUUUCGGGACUAGUACCGACACAAAUCAAAUUGGAAAAGAGCAAAGCGUAUCUUAUUGCACGAAGUCUAGGCGCGAAUGUAACACAACAGUUGACGGAUGAAACAACACAUUUGGUGGCCUCAACGCCUGGUACAUUCAAAGUGAAUGCCGCACGAAAAAUGUCGAAAAUUCACAUCGUUUCGCCAGAUUGGUUAUGGACGUGUGCGGAAAGAUGGGAGUGCGUCGAAGAGAAGCUAUUCCCUUUGGAUUCAAGAAAAGCCUUCAAAACAAGACAACCACCGGCGCAUUGUCACAGUCCAGAACACGUGGUGAAUUACAGUAAUUUAAAUGAUGCAGAUGUCUCGAGCUCAGAACAAUCAACAUCAAACGCAUUACCACCCAAGUUUAUGGAUACGAUCAACCCAUUUUUGAUGUUCUCACAGGGCGAUUUAGAGGCAAUGAAUGAAGAUGUAAAUGAAUUAAUUGAAUCAGACUCAAGUGAUGAGUCGAUUGACUUAGAAAAUCCACCACUGAAUAAGGAUCUCCGAAAAAGGAAGCGCGAAGAAGAAGACGAGGAAAGAAAGCGAAAGAUUUUUCAGCCUGAUGCUAGUGAAGAGCAGCCAGAGUGCGACAAAGAGUCGAAUUCGUCGGUCAGCUCAAAUAAAAGUGACACCGAUGACGAUUCUCCAGUGGAUAAGUUUCGACGUGGUUGUGAUUUACCUUCGGAUUUAGAUAUGGGCGACAACAGUGCAGACUCAUCAAAUAACGAAGGUUUUGAAGAUGAUGGAGAUUGGAAUAUGAUGGGAGCGGCACUUGAACGGGAAUUUUUAGGAUUAGACUGAUAGCGCGUAUCGCCUCGGACUUUAUCGAUUUUAGAUUGUAGAACAAACAAAAACGUUACGUUGGCUUAUGCCUUUGUUUGUGCAACAAAUAAAAAUUGGCAAUCGUUUCAACUUCAAAUCAUCCAGUCAAUUCAACCAUUCAUUCAUCUAUCAUUAAUUUAUUCAUUAAGUUUACUUGAAUGAAUGCUGUGUAAAUAAGCGUUUUGAUGGCGUUUUCGAAAAAUUGGUCGCAGUAUCGGCCCCCCAGCAAUUGAAGCGAUGUAAUUUAGAGAAAUAAAUAGCAUAUCUUUUUUUUAUUGAAAAAA